AUGGAAAAACAGGAACGUAGUCCAAAUAGAAGAGAUAGCGAGGAAACCGAAACAAUUCGAUAUGGAAACAGCCUCCGAGCCACGUGCGCAUCAGAAGACCUAGAACAGGCCAUUCCACAAGUGGGGUCGGAGGACAUGGUACAACAUGUUACGCAAGAGGAACGACUCGUCGUGGAAGUUAUUGAGGUCUUUAACGAGGUGAACGAGAUACGCGAGCUACACGACGAGGAUGAAGAACGUUUUGUGGAGGUUAUGGACGAAGAAGAUGAGGAGCAAGGUGGAUGGAAUCAAGCCAAAAACCAGAACCGUGCCUCGAGAUGCGGUGUGGAAGCAAUGCAAAGGUUGCUCUGUUAA